GCGCUCCCGCAGCUCGCCCCCUCGCCGCCGCCAUGAUAGUGUUUGUUAGGUUCAACUCCAGCCAUGGCUUCCCGGUGGAGCUAAGGUCGGACGCCAGCAUCCUCCAGCUGAAGGAGGUGGUUGCGCAGCGACUGGCGGUUCCAGCUGACCAGCUGCGGGUGAUUUUUGCAGGGAAGGAACUCAGCAACGACUUGACGCUGCAGAAUUGUGACCUGACCCAACAGAGUAUCGUUCAUAUUGUUCAGAGUCCACAGAAGAGCAGUCAGAAGAAUGAUGAAGCAGAAAAUAAGCAUGCUGGAGGCAUUCUAAAGACCUUGGAAAGAGAAUCUGAAAGUCUAACUCGCGUAGAUCUCAGUUCUAGCAUCCUCCCAUCACUGUCUGCAGGGUUGGCUGUUAUACUGGAUACUACAAAGCCCAGCAUUUCUCUUCCCCCUGAAAAGUCAGGUGCAGCUAGUUACAACAGUUUUUAUGUUUUCUGCAAAAAUUUCUGCCAAGCUGUUAAACCUGGGAAACUGAGGGUCCGCUGCAGUGUAUGUAAACAAGGAACACUGACUUUGGCAAGGGGCCCAUCUUGCUGGGAUGAUGUACUGAUUCCAAACAGAAUAACAGGUGUCUGCCAGUCCCAAAGGUGCAAUGGGACUAUUGCGGAGUUUUACUUUAAAUGUGGAGCACACCCAACAACUGACAGUGAAACAUCUGUGGCUUUGAACCUCGUUACAACAAACAGUCGCUCUAUCACAUGUAUAACAUGCACAGAUAUUAGGAGUCCUGUGCUUGUGUUCCAGUGCAUGCAUCGCCAUGUCAUUUGCCUAGACUGUUUCCAUUUGUACUGUGUGACUAUGCUGAAUGACCGUCAAUUCAUCCAUGACCUGGAGCUUGGCUACUCCCUCCCUUGUGUAGCUGGCUGUCCAGAUUCCUUGAUUAAAGAGCUUCAUCACUUCAGGAUUCUGGGAGAAGAACAGUACAACCGCUACCAGCGCUAUGGUGCAGAGGAGUGCGUUCUACAGAUGGGCGGUGUGCUGUGUCCAACUCCCGGCUGUGGAGCGGGUUUACUGCCUGAACCAGGAGUGAGGAAAAUUGUAUGUGAGACAGGAAAUGGACUAGGCUGCGGGUUUGUGUUCUGCCGUGAAUGUAAAGAAGAAUACCAUGAAGGGGAAUGCAGCUCUCUCCUCAGCACACAGGGAGCCAUGGCCCAGAAGGGAUAUGUAGUUGAUGAACAUGCAGCCAGGCAAGCCCGAUGGGAAGAGGCAUCUAGAGAAACGAUCAAGAAAACAACCAAGCCAUGCCCCAACUGCCAUAUUCCAGUAGAAAAAAAUGGUGGCUGCAUGCACAUGAAGUGUCCUCGACCUCAGUGCAAGUUUGAGUGGUGCUGGAACUGUGGCCUGGAGUGGAACAGAACCUGCAUGGGCGAUCACUGGUUUGACUGACAGCACAGGGGCACAGGGGGCCAGCUGGCGUUGCUGCUGGAGCCUGCUUUCAUCAGGGUCAAUUUCUGAACUCCUUGCUUAAACAAACGUCCCGGUGGUUUCAGGAACAAAGAGUUCAGAAAUUGGCCCAGUUUGUAUGUUUUUGCUUGCUUGACUAUGAAAUCACACACAAAAAAAAAAAAAAAAAAAAAAAAAAAAAAAACACAUUGAAGUAAUGCCAAAGGUUUUAAAUCCACUAAGUAAAAAGAGUAAUUGUUUUGGUGGACAGACUUGCUCAUCAUCUCAUCAUCAUACGAAAAGGGAUAAAUUUCACCUUUCUGAACAUGUGCGGUCUGUUAGCACAAUGAGCAAAUAGGGUUACUAUGAGGAGCUUGCUUGACACAUUUAGUUAGGAACCCACAACUCUUACAAGAGAGCAGCAGCUGUGUGUGUGUAUCAAGGGCUGUGGAGGAUGUUCCCUGCAUCAGCUACUUUUUCUUCAACCGCUCCUUUGCUCAGUCAGCCCAGUUUUUGAUUUUGAGAUAGUAUUUCUUAACAGCUUUUCUGGCGGAUGGAUGGGAGACUGUGGCUCUUCAGUGUUUUUUCAGGGUUCCUUCCUAACAGACUUUCUGUAGGGGUCUUGCUUUCAAACCACAUUCUCCUAAAAACAAACAGCUUUAUGCCACAUUUGUGCUUGAAUACUUGUAACACGCGGCAAGAAAUUUGGCUCUGUACUCAUUACAGACUAUGUUACCACUGGAGGGUUAUUUCAGGGUGGAUGCAAUUUCAGCUCUAACCAUGACUGUUGUUGCAGUGAUGACUGGAUCUGAUUAAGCGUUGCACAAGCUGGACUCUCAGGGUUUAAUUUUUGUCGUGCUUACAGCAGUACUUUGGACGUAGCAUGGGGAAGCAGGAGAAGCCUUCUCAGGGGUCUUCUCUAUCAUCAUUCUCCUAAAUUUAAUUAGAAUACGGGUGUAUUUCUGAAAAUAUAUUCACAUCUCAAACAGUGAGAGGUAGAGGGACUUCUUUCAUUUUACAGUGUUAAGACAGUAUGUGAAGCUUAAUAGCAUCUGCAAGCCUGAACAAUCUUUUUGUUUUGUGUCCUCUAUAUUGCUGUCUUAAUCUGAAAUUAAAUGGGUACUGAGCAUAUCAACAUGCCAUGUAAGGAUUUGUACUAUUCAAUUUGGGGAAAAAACGCACAAUAAAUAAAAUGGUCAAAAAUUUUA